CAUGAGAUGUAAAAGGGAAGAAGGUUCAUUUGAAGUUUCCCAACAUAUCUAGAGACAGACACGAGUCUUGUGUCUUCUCCAUGAAGAUCUGUCUUUCCCUUUGUCUGGGUAGCUAGGGUUUCUCUCCCCUUGCAAGUGGGGUAAUAGAUCCAUAUCUCUCUCUCUCUUCUAAUCAUUCCAAACUUUAAAUCUCUCUCUGGUUUUGUGCAUACAAAGGAAGAAAGUUAUUCAUUUCAGAUCUCUGUGGAAAGUAAAAUAAUCAUGGAAGCAGCAGAAUGUUCAAACACAAGAAGUAGUGAUGAUGAUAAAAACAAGUCAGAAGAAAGCAGUGAAUUGGGAAACAAUGAAGGGAGCUCAAGCAACAGCACAAUUGAAGAGAAUAAUAAUAGUAAUAAUAAUGAUGAACAACACAAGACGAAGCCGCCCACUGUCAGACCUUAUGUUAGAUCCAAACUCCCAAGACUCCGUUGGACUCCCGAUCUUCACCUCCGUUUUGUUCAUGCUGUUGAAAGACUUGGUGGUCAAGAAAAUGCUACUCCAAAGUUGGUUCUUCAGUUGAUGAACAUCAAAGGACUAAGCAUAGCCCAUGUCAAGAGCCAUCUUCAGAUGUAUAGAAGCAAGAAGACUAAUGAACCAGGCCAAGCAAUGGGGGAUCAAAGGCUUCUUAUGGCUGAAAGUAGUGGAGAUCGCAACAUAUUUAAUGUCAGCCAAAUCCCAAUGUUCCAACGCCAUAAUCAAAGCUACACCUCCAAUAUUUUUGGAUUUGGAGGGUCAUCAUGGAAUGCUAUCGAAAACAAAACAAUACAAUCACCAUAUAUGGAGAAGGCAGCCUCAACGACGACAUUGACUCAAGCAAGAUCGAGCAUAUUCGGGAGUAGUAAAAGCACUGCCUACAACUUUCGCAGCUCGAUCAGUGAACCGAAUAUGACGACGACGAGCAAAAGGCAAGAAGAGAGGGAAAAAGAAGAUCCAUGCAGUGGUAUUAUUCCACAAAAAAGGAAAAAGGCCACAGAUGGAGAAAUUGAUUUGAGUUUAUCCCUAAAGAUUGCACCAAGGGAAGAAGAGAUCAAGAUUGAUAAGAGAAGGAGGAUAGGAGGAGAUCAAGAUGAAGAAGAUGAAGAAGUUUUAGAAAGUACAACUGAUUUAUCUCUAUCUUUGUGCUCAUAUUAUUAAUUCAAUGUCUCCUUUAUUAGCAAUGGAAGAGGAAAAAGAGAAAGAGUAAGCAAUA